AUGUCUGUGCUUCUAGAAACAUCACUUGGGGAUAUCACCAUCGACUUGUUGGUGGAAGAUGCGCCGAGAUGCUGUGAAAACUUCCUCAAGCUAUGCAAAGUAAAGUAUUACAACUUUGCGCCCGUGCAUAGCGUCCAGCCAAACUUCUCUUUCCAAACAGGCGACCCCAUCGGCCCUGGUGCCAAAGACAGCGAUGGUGGUCGCUCGAUAUGGGGCCUGCUUGACCCCUCGCAACCCGCAAAGAAGACGUUUGUUCCAGACUUUAACCCAAAGCUCAAGCACACGGAGAUGGGCACAGUCAGUAUGGCAACAGCCCCAAACCCGGACGACCCCGACGAGCGAUUUGCUGGUAGCCAAUUUAUUGUGACACUGGGGCCAAACAUUGACUAUCUCAAUGGCAAGGCUGCCAUUUUUGGGACAGUCGUUGAGGGAUUUGAUACGUUGGAGAAAAUCAACACAGCAUACGUCGACGACCAAGGUCAGCCACUCAAAGACAUUCGCAUAUUGCAUACCGUCGUUCUCGAUGAUCCAUACGAUGACCCCGCCGGCCUCGUUGAGCCACCCGAAAGCCCCGCACCCUCAGCAGCGCAACUCGCUACAGUCCGUGUCGCCCACGAUGAGAAUCUUGAGGAGGAAAACGAUCCAGAAGCGCUUGAAAAGGUCCGUCGAGAACGCGAGGCGCGCGCGCAAGCUCUCACGUUGGAGAUGGUUGGCGAUCUGCCAUUUGCCGAAGUUGCACCGCCGGAAAACGUGCUGUUUGUGUGCAAGUUGAAUCCUGUGACGCAAGACGAGGAUCUAGAACUCAUCUUUUCGCGCUUCGGCAAGAUUCUCAGUUGCGAAGUCAUUAGAGAUAAGCGCACAGGUGACAGCCUGCAGUACGCCUUUAUCGAAUACGCCAAUCAGAAAGACUGCGAACAGGCGUAUUUCAAGAUGGACGGCGUCUUGAUCGACGAUCACCGCAUACAUGUCGACUUUUCACAAUCGGUGUCAAAAAUUGCAGAUGAUUGGCGAGACGUGACAAACAAGAAGAGGAGGUCAGCUGCGGGUGGAUUCGGUGGUAUCGAUAAUCUCGAGAGGAAGAGGCAGUACCGCGACGGUCCCGGGCGCCAAAUCAUGUCUGACUCUGUCGUCAAUAACUUGAUUGCUGAUUCCGAUCCAUCCAGAGACGCAGCACCACGGACGCGCGACACCAGCAGAGACGUGCGGAGAGACGACACACGAAGGCGCGAACGAAGAACAGAAUAUCACGAUGAUCGCUUCAAGCGCAACCGCAGCCGCAGCCCUAAACGCGACCGGAGAGAUGGCGACGAUGGCAGAUAUCAUGACCGGAGGCGAGAGCGAAGCCGCAGUCCCGACCGCCGGCGUGACAGCCGUCGUGACAGGAGCCGGGAUCGAUAUCGUCGGGACGAUCGUGACCGCGACCGUCGACGAUGA